UCUGCUGGAUACCACUGAGUGGGAGAGAGUGAGAGAGAGGCGAGCCUUGAAAUCUCUGCGGUGCAGAGCUGGAAAAGCUGCUUCUCAGCGAAAAUCAGACGCCCUAUUUACUCUGCUUAUUUGCUCCUUUUAUUUUCCUGGAGAAAAAAACGGACUUACAACCAAGAAGUUGCAACGAGGACUGGUGCCCGUCUCAGCGAGCAAACGUGGUAGUUCCUUUAUUAUUAUUAUUUAUGCUGAUUUUUUUUGUGAAUACACUUCUACUGAAGGGACUGAGGUUUUACUUUUGCACUGAAGCGCAUUGCUUCCUACCUCCUGCCUGGUCUCCCUGCCAGAUUAUCCCAGCAGAAGUAGGCUAUAUGACGCAAACCGUGUGCAGAGCAUUAGUCUGAAACUUUUCCUCCACUACUUUUUUUUCGUUUUCCUUUUUUCCUCCACCAAUCACACGGUGUUUCAUGCUACAGCAAGUCAGUGCACAGCGGUGGAGGAGCCAAAAGAACUAUUGCAUGAAACAAGAAAGGAGAGAAGAGACGCUGAUUAAUAAGUCAGUUUUUGCGACGCUUGCAAGUACCUUUGCAUAUCUGCAAAAGAGUCGCGACAGCAACAUGAGCACGGAGAUGAGCAUGGGCCCGGAGCUACCCAGCAGCCCUCUGGCUCUGGAAUAUGUCAAUGAUUUUGACCUGAUGAAGUUUGACGUGAAGAAGGAAGGCCUGGCCGGGCUGGAGCGCAACGGGGUGCGCCAGUGUAACCGUCUCCAACCCCAAGGCUCCGUGUCCUCCACCCCCAUCAGUACACCCUGCAGCUCCGUGCCCUCUUCACCCAGCUUCAGCCCCACAGAGCAGAAAAACCACCUAGAGGAGCUGUACUGGAUGCCGAACAGCGGGUACCACCAGCAGAUAGACCCGCAGACGCUAAGCCUGACCCCAGAGGACGCAGUGGAGGCUCUGAUUGGAGCCACAGCUCACGGCCACCCUCCGCCUCCUCAUGUCCAACAGCAGCUGCAGCAGCAAGGCGCUUUCGAAGGCUACAGGGCCCCGCAUCACCACCACAGCCACCACGGCCACGGCCAGCAGCACCAUCACCCAUAUGCCGGGAGCAUCGCGCACCACGCCGAUGAACUGUCCGGGCACCCGGGCGGACACAACCAUCCACACAGCCAGCACCACCAUCACCACAGCCAGGACCCCGACAGCCCGUCCCCGGUCUCCCCAGACUCCCAUCAGACGCUCCAUCACCACCGCCACCAUCAUCACCACCACCCGCACGGCCACCUGAGCCAGUCGGGGGCGCACCACGGCUCCGGGGGCGGCCUCAACGUGGAGGACCGCUUCUCCGACGACCAGCUGGUGUCCAUGUCGGUGAGGGAGCUCAACAGACACCUACGGGGCUUCACCAAGGACGAGGUCAUCCGCCUUAAGCAGAAGAGGAGGACCCUGAAGAACCGGGGCUACGCUCAGUCCUGCCGGUACAAGCGGGUGCAGCAGAAGCACGUGCUGGAGAACGAGAAGACGCAGCUGAUCAACCAGGUGGAGCAGCUCAAGGCGGAGAUCAGCCGGCUGGCGAGGGAGAGGGACGCCUACAAACUCAAGUGUGAGAAACUGACGGGGUCAGGGGCCAAUAACGGGUUCCGCGAGGCUGGCUCAACCAGUGACAACCCUUCAUCACCAGAGUUUUUCAUGUGAGUUGUCAUAGCCUUUUCUUGUGAACCCCCCUCACAACAAACUUUCCCCUCCCCAUCUUUCCAUUCUCCACAAAUGACUGAUGGCUGAUGAACAAACGAUAAUAACCCACACCUCCCAUACUGUUUAUGAUUAUACUAAUAACGGUAACAAUUAUAUUCAUAUUAGAAGAAUAAUCCAUCAAAUAGUAUUCUCAUAUAUAAUCAUCUCUCCAUCCACGUGUCAACUGAGAUACAAAGAGCAAUGUAGUGUCUGAUCAGUCGCAGCAUCUUUGUAGAUUAGUUGCUUGUAGUGAAGAGACUUUUUUUCUUCUUCUUGGAAGAGGAUCGGCUGAUGAUGAACUUUUCUAUUUUUUUUUCCCUUUGAGACUACAGCUUUUGAAUAAUCUGUAAGUAGUGUGGGAUGGCGUCGAGGCAAGUUGUCUCGUAAUUUUGUUAUGAAACAACAAGCAGGCCUGGCCUCGCAGCCUGCAGCACACGAGACUCACAUUCGACAAGUGGGCCCCGUAAUCUGAGAAAAUCUCCAAAAGCAAGACUCCACUUUAUGCAAAUCUAACUGUACUAACCUGUCACGGGAAGGGGGGGGGGGACAUUUUAUGCAACAGCUCAUUGAUUUAUUGCCUGCUUGGUUAUAUUCGAAUAUAUAUUGAAACAAAAAAUCUGCAUUAAAUAUUAAUCCUGCAUGCUGGACAUGUAUGGUAAUAAUUUCUAUUUUGUACCUUCAUCUUCUCGUGUAUAUUAAGAGCAUGUUGUUGAUCUGCGCUUCUCCAUAGUUUGGGGGGUUAGAGAAAUGCAGCGGGGAAAGAACAGCAGGACUGCCGGUGCAGUAUCAUAUGGUUAUGGGUUUCUUUGGGCUUGUAAAUAUUAUGCAACUGCACAACAAGAUUGAGGAGGCUGGUUUGAACUUCUUUCUGUCUUUGUGUUGUGUUUUAAUUACAUUUAUCUGUAUGAUUUUUUUUUUUUUAUAAUUUGGGGUAUUGAAUGAGAAAGGAGUGCAUUUUUUCCCCCAGUUGCAUUUAAAUACAACAAACUGUGUGUGUCAAGUGCACUUUUUGGAUAAUGAUUUGGAAGUUUUCAUUUUGAAAUUUGUGCAGACCUCCCUUCCAGGAAGACAUACUAUGAUACUAUAUUGCAUUAUUAUUCAACUCCAAGGCCUUGGUGCAUAGUUUUAGAGUCAUAUUUGGACACGUGUUCUUUGAGGCUGAGGAGACAAACAUGUGGCCACAAUAUUAUUGGAACCAGAUUGCACAGAACAGGCUAUUGCUACAAUACUGUUAAACACACACACACACACACACACAAUGUGGGUUAAUGCUCUCUGUCAUUUAAAUCCAACGUGGCUUUUGUGUCACUAAUUCGGUGCUGCUCUGCCUUUCUAUUAACUCUUAAACAAACCACAUCAAACCCAAACAAAACCUUAUCCUCUCAUUCCGAUUAGCGGCCACCUGUAGCAUAUUAUCUCCUAAUAUUAAUGAUUUAUAUAUUUUUUCAAAGUGCAACAACUUACUUGUCAGGGGUUUUAUGUAGAGUUAAUAUUUAGACAAUGCGAGCAAUUUAAUACAAAGUUUGACUAUUAAUGCUCUGUGUUUUCCUGAAUUUUUUUCCUGCCGGUCAGUAAAAAAGGGGACUCAGGUUGUGCAAAUUCUCAAAAUGAAAACAAUGUGUAUGUUAUGUAAUACAUUUUUUGUCUGUUUUAUUAUUAUUUGAUGAUUCUGGUUCUGGUGGCCAGAUGCAUAGUUAAAAGUUUUUAUUUUAAUGAUUUAAAUUAACAAACUGUCGGAUCAUAUCGAAUAAGCAUGGUGCUUGCAUUUGAAACUAUCGUUGAAAAGUCAUGCAUUUAACAAUCUUUGGUUUGUUAAUGAUUCAACUGCGUUGAAAUCGGACUGAAACUGCAGCAGCGGGUUGUUGUUUUGUUUUCACCUGUUUCAUGUACUUGGCAAUGAUGGGGAUCAAUUUUAAAUCCUGUUUAUAUAAAUAAUAGUCAAACACUUAAAUUUCAACUGUUUCAUUCAGGCUGGUUUCUGUUUUUUUUUGUUUGUUUGUUUGUUUUUUGGAAGAAAUUGUUUCCUAUUUUGCUUAUUAAAGUCAUUGAAAUGGCAA